AUGUUCGUUACGCGUCCCAUCGUUGCUAUCCUCUCUGUCGUCGCCGUCGCUAAUGGCGCCCCACAACUGGCCAGCAUAUUUGACACACUCACUAGUGGUGCAGUUUCUGUCGCCACGCAAGUCGGCGGAGGAGCUGCUAGUGUUGCUACGCAAGUCGGCGGAGGGGCCGCCAGUAUCGCGACUCAAUUAGGUAGCGAUUUCACCAGCGUGGGCGGUGGCGUUUUCAAAGGCGUAACAUCUGUUGGAGGUCGCGCCGUUACGGUGAUAACAUCAGCGGGGGGUGAAGGAUUUACUCUCGCUACAGAUGGUGCUGGCCGAGUAACCACAUUCGCUGGCCAGGUCUAUACCGCAGCCGUCGUUGGCAAUGGGACAGCCAAUGCAGCAGUCUACGCAACGCCGAUAUCACCUUCUCUGGCGGUUGGGCUGUUAACUGUGCUAGCGAGCACUUGCUUAGGCGUAGUCAUUACCAUCUAA